AUGAUAGAGGAAGUGUUCGAUGCAAAGCGAUGGCUCUUCUGCAGAACGAGGAGUAAGUACGCUCUAGUCAAGAAACUCCCCCAAUCUAACCUUAGCAGCUUCGCAAUCUGGUACUUGCGGACUUCGUACCUCGCCAGCAACAAGGAUGGGGUAGGUGAGCGCUUGAUCAAUGUGAACAAUUCCAUUCUCAACACUCCUGGGUUUCGCGCUGCUGGCUGGUCAACCGAGCCCAUACGGAGAACUUACUCUCCGCCAAUACCAACAACGGGCGCGGCAGAGUAUUUUCAGAAUGGUGCCAGUCUCAACAGAGAAGUCUUACUGGCCGACGACGAAGAUGAGGGAGGAAUGGUGACGGGAAGAGCGAGUAACGAUACGAUAGGCCCUGCGCUCCGCCGGCGCCGGCGAAAGGAGCAGAUUGACGAUGACGAUAGCAGCGAUUUGAGCGACGAGAGCGACGAUGCAGAGGGCAAUCAGCGAGCAGCACAGCAAAUAAGAUUCGCCAAAAUGCCUGCUCGCACCCGUGCAGGGUCUUCGCCUGGACAGACAAGCGAGGGAGCCCAUCCCGAUGUCAUGGUCACUUCACCUUCGAAGCCGCGGGACGGGCGACAUCGCACCGGCUCACUUGGUGCUGUUGAGGCUGUCAAGGCUCGAGCUCGAGCUGACACUGCUACAAGCAGUGAGAUGUCCUCUGAAAAUGAGGUCGACCCGUCCUACUUUCAACGCCGCCAGAUCAAUGCACGCUCAGUCCCAAAAUCAGUCCCGAGGGACCAAAGACCUGGGGAAUACACCGCUCCUCUCACAGCCGCACACUAUGAAUCCGAUGAAGACAGCGUGGGUUCGGUUGCAUCCUCUGACUUGGGUGAAACCGUGGAUUCUGCCUCUGCGCUGGCGGUAGGCACCGUCUCCCCUUCAUCGUCUCCCGUGCUCGCUGGCCUGGCUUCACUCGAGUCGACAUCCAGGAGCCUGCAUUCCGGUCAGUCGGGGUCCCCAAAGAAGACACGCACACUUCCUCUGCUUCAACAGCUACCCCCUUCUCGUCCUAUUAGCUUUGUGCCGCCAGUCAGUGCCCUAUCUCAGGCUUUGAACGCGCAAAAGCAGACUCCCAAAAACCCCAUUCAAGGCUUUGCCAAUCUUUCGGCCAAAGGCACCCCCGAUGCCUUGUGGAUCAAGAUCUAUGCACCAUUUUCCACAGAUCCAGAGGAGCCGUUUGAGAUGCCGCUGGUCAAGACCUCGAAGGACGGCCUUCGCAUUAUUGUGGCAGAAGCGAUUGGCUUCGCUCUUUGGCGUUAUACAGAAGAAGACUUACAGCCGCCACUACAACCGUCACAACUCAAUGUGAACAAGUGGUGCUUUCGCAUGUGCGAAGAGGGCGAAGUUGAAUACGACUUUCCAGCCCUCGCUCGGACACGGCCAAUUGCUGACUUCACGUCUAAUAACAACAGAGGUGCACGGGGUCGAUCUAGGGGCCGGAACUUCGACGAAUUCGCUCUCGUCGAGGUGUCAGAAGGCGAGCUGAGGGCGAACAACGCGGAAACACCGCAGUUUAUCCCACCCGAAGAGGAGGUCGCUAUUUCAGCAACACCAGCAACACUCCAAGCGGAGACGAGUCCGAGUCCACAUCCAGGAACCAGCCGUGCAACAUCCUCGCGAACAAACGUCUUGCUCGCCGGCCAGCCGUUUGCGUCCGCUCUCAGUAACACAUCAUUGACACCUGCCGACCAACCAGUUCGUGCAGCUCAACAAGCUACGCCACGAAUUGGGCCUACCAAGACCUUAAGGGUUCGCUACUUCGAUCUUGAUGUCUCUGCGCGAUCAACCACCCUUGAAAUCUCGUCGGAUACCUAUCUUGCUGAGAUUCUCGAUCAAGUCUGCAAGAAAUGGAACUUCGACAAGGGCUUCUUCGUGCUCAAAGUCACAGGUACCAACACGGUCGCGCCACUGGACCGUACUGUGGAAGCUUUAGGGACCAGAUCCGACCUGGAAUUGGUUCGCAAAAGGUUUGGAGCUGGUCCAGCUGGAUUGGCCGGCUCACCUGGUAGUGCAUCACCGAAUGCUCCUUUGCUCCUGGACAUUCAAGGCCCGAAGAAGGGCAAGAAGGCGCAGACUGCAUUUGCACGAGAGUUUGCACAGAAGCAGGAUCUUGCGUCUAGUGCGAGCAACUUCAAAAAGUACUAUGUGACGAGAAAACAGCUCACAUCCUUCACCCAAGGCAACCAACGAGUCCUGAUGUUUGAUGGAGAUAUGCUGCAUAUUUUACCAACGGAUGCUGUCAAGAGUUCAUAUGCAAAGACUAGCUCCCUUGCCUUCAGCGAUAUCAUUCGGUGCAAGAUCAGCAGCAAGCAUAGCAAACUGGUGAGGAUAUCAGUGCCCCGACCCAACGACCCCAAGGGUGAGCUGAAGAGGUACGACUUUGAAGCGCGUACGGCAGGGGAGGCACAAGAGAUCGUUGACGACAUCAGUCGCGAGAUGAGACGCGCAAGAGGGUGA